CACCAUCCGGACAGAAAACCGACCAUUCCAAGGACUAAGAAGAAAUGAAGACCAAAGUCAAAGUCCAAAACAAGAACGAAGUAAAUUUAGAAACGGAUCACCAUAUAAGGCACGCUCUAACAGCAGCUCUUCAGAGCACAGUUCAAAGAGUCCAAUUAGGUAUCCAUGUGAAUUAUGUGAACAACUACACCCCCCAAUACACUGUACAAAAUACAGAACAGCGAAUGAACGUCGCGAUCGAGCGAUGAAAAAAGAAUUAUGCUUUAGAUGUUUAAAAAGAGGACACUAUGCUAAUAAAUGUAUGAAGCCAAAAGUAUUAUGUCCUAUUUGCAAUAGAAGCAACCACAACCAAGCACUAUGCCGACACCAAAAAAGAUUUUAUUCGAAAAGCCCUAUAAGGCAGGAACAAAAAACAUUCACAACAGAAGAAGAGGAAACA